GAAGAUAUUGUAGAGGAUGAGGACAAUUAGACUGAGUUGAUUGAUGUUCAUUUUAGAUGAAUUUUACUUUUGUUUUUUCUUCCUUCUUGCUUUUCUUCUAUGAACUUUCUUUUCGAUCCAUUCCAACAACCAUCCCAUACGCAUAGCGUGGAAUUAAGUUGAACCUUCCCCUUCUUCUCUCUCGUUCUUCGUUUCUUUCCUUUCUUCUUCUUCUGCAUUGGAAACUCCAGCAGCCCCAACUCCAGCAGCCCCAACUCCAGGUCCAGGUCCAGCUCCCUCGAUUCUCCGACGAACACAUCACAUCUAUCAGCAAACGCAUGACAUCAGGCUGUGUCCAUUUGCAGCUGUCCCCGAUUCUCGCGCGCACCGAAAGACUCCAUCCAGUCUACAUCGCCAAUCUACCACCCACGUCCUAAGAUCCGGUACUCUUCUGCAUGCUCGGACAUCCUUCUCUUGUCCUUGGGAUCCCGCCCGCCCCUUCCGCAAACUCUCGUGCGAAUACUGGGACGUGAUUGGUGGCUGGAGACAACCCUAGGACGCAGCAUCGAAAAGCAAAAACCGAAACUAGCAGGACGGUUACUCAGCCCGCACGCAUCCAAGGGCUUGUAAUAAGUUGGAACUAGGAACUGGGAAACUGUGCCUGGGCAACGAACCAACUACCUAGUCGAGCAAUAAGAGCCAUUCGAUUGUACGACUACACACAAUCGACUUGGUACCUGUGCUGUUGUCAAGCCUCGAGAUUUCACUCCGUAGAUACCGUUGUUCUGCUUCGCUAGCAGGUUUUAACACCACGACCGACUACGAUUCAUUGCGGCCCCCAAUCAAUAAUUGAGCCUGACCUGAUUUGGGAUAUUCUUAUUCUUAUUCUUCUUAUUUUUGAUUUUGGUUUGGAUUUUGAUUUUCUGCAUGAGGCGGGCAAAGUCAAAAGAAAAGAAAAGAAAAGAGAAGAAAAAGAAUUCAAAACCCCUCCAUCCCUCCUGCAUUCUCUUGUUUUUGAAGAACGGCCAUGAAAGGGUUCGCUUCUUCCUUUGGAUCAGUCUGAAAAUAUAAUUUACGGCUCAUGGAGAAUGCGACACAUUAAUCCACAUAUCAAUCCACAAGUCUGAAUGUUUUGAUUAAUUAAUUGUAUUAUUCUGGAUUCUACACAAGCAUACACACAUACACACAUCCAUCCAUUCAUCCACCCAUCCAUACAUGCGUAGGUACAGAAAUCGAGUUUUACCGUCCCAGUGCCUACCUACCACCUCCCGACCAACCUCCGCAUAGACUGUCGUCAUCGAUCAUCACAUUUUCCCAUCCCACUUCGAAUAGCCUAAACGGAGGAACUUCUCGCACAACAUACUAGCUAUCCACGAAAUCAACCAGACGAGAGAUCAAACAUGCAAAGAGCAGUUUCCUGGCUCCCAUCGUGGGAUAGAACGAAAACCACCAGUAAGAAAGGUUUCGACAAGACUUGGGCGUGGGCAGAUAAGCUGGGUGCUCCCGUCAAUCGAUUAACAAACAAAAUUGGUUCCGAAGCUUUUUGGCCCACUUCCUUGGACAAGGAAUGCGACAAAGCUGCGCGGAUUUUGAAAACUUUCUGUAAGGAUGGAUUUUACACCGAUGAAGAUCGACCAUCUACCCAAGCUGGUCCGCAUGCGAAUUCCAAACAAAGAGUUUUGAAGAAAAUUCCACAAAAGGUUAUCGAAAAUGCGGUCGGUUUGGCCAUAUUCACAACUAUGCGAACAGGCUUAUGGAUCUCGGGCGCCGGAGGAUCUGGAGUAUUAAUCGCGAGGAAAGAAGACGGUACAUGGUCGCCUCCUUCUGGGAUUCUUUUACAUACUGCAGGUCUGGGUUUUCUCGUCGGCGUCGAUAUUUAUGAUUGUGUGGUUGUUAUUAAUAAUCGCAAAACUCUCGAAUCCUUCACGAAAGUAAGAGCGACCCUAGGAGGAGAAAUCAGUGCUGUCGCGGGUCCGAUUGGAGUUGGGGGAGUUUUAGAGAACGAUGGAAACUGGAAACAAGCUAAUAAGCCAAUAUUCACUUACUUGAAGUCCCGUGGCUUCUACGCAGGUGUGCAGGUAGAUGGGACGGUUAUCAUUGAGCGAACAGAUGAGAACGAGCGGUUUUACGGACAAAGAAUUGGAGUUGCAGAUAUCUUGGCUGGAAAGGUUCAAAACGCACCUUUUGAAACAAAAUUACUUAUGGAAACAGUCAGGGCUGCGGAAGGCAAGCAAGAUGUGGACACAAACUUGUUAGAUCAACUCAAAGAUGAACCAUCACCUGGUGAUGUGGAUUUACAAUCUCCUACGUCGAUGAUACCAACCUUUGGCAUACCUGAACCAGACGAUCCCGACCCUUUCGGAGUAUUGGCAUUAGAAGAUGCAGGAUUUGAGAUUCGGGAAGCAGGAACAAAGGCUCGACCAGUCAGUUCACAAUUUGAAUACAACCCAGCUCCAUCAAGCCCACUCUUUACCAGAUACAAUAGACGAAGUUUCGACACGCAGGGUGCAAGGAGUAGAGAGAGUUACAUGUCAGGGAGAACAAGGACAAGUACGGAUCGAGGAACGCAGACUACUGAAAUGGGCACACAAACAGACGACUCACUUUCAAUCCGAUCACCUCGCACACUAUCACCAAGCACGAGUCCCAGUUACAGCGAAGACAACAAGAUUAUAGAGGAAGACGAAAAGGCAAUUGUGUUGGAACCGGAAGAAGUCGACUACACGAAAAUUGAUCUUGGUCCAUACCAAAGCUUAAACCAUAGUCAAGAAUUCGACGGUACGACAAUGAACGGUAGUCCCCUAAUUACUGAAGAAGCCGAUGAGAGACGAAAGGAUUCAUUCAACUCGAUGGACGAGCUCUCAGACGACGAUGAAGACUUUGAGGAAGAGGAGCCAGUAGUUUUCGAAGCUGCUUCAGCACAAGCCACAGUCAUUACAACACAAGCAAUCAAGGCACGAGGGGGUGUUGUAAAUAUCCCAAAGAGAGGCCCACCACCACCAUUACCUCCGAGGAAUUCGUUGAGAAACAGCAAAUUCUCUAUGGUUACCCCAAACAGCGAUGGAAGUCCAUUGAAAGAAGGUUUUGAAGAGGUCGAUGUACAUGGUGUUGAGAGUAACAAUAUCAAGAGAAGUAGCUUGGAACAAGCUAGCACAACACCACUUCCUUUUAGCCCAAAUCGAAAGAGCUUCGAGCAAUCGCAAGCUAGCAUGGUACCACUUCCUUUCAGCCCAAAAAGGCUGAGUUUCGAACAAACUCCUGUCCUCAUGGAGGAUGUUGAAUCAGAAGAAUCAGACUCUCAUGAACAGGUCGAGGAGGAACACGCAAAGAUCAAAUCGGCCAACGAAAACUCUAGCUUCAACGAGAAGAUCGAAUUUCUCGAUAAUGCACGCUCGACUGAGAGACCUUCUCUUACCAAAGAAAAUACCGAGUCAUUUCACUCAAUUGCUGUGAAUAUUCCAGGAGGGUGGAGUUAGAAGAUGAAUAAAGAGAAGGGGAGACCUGUACAAAAGAAAUGAUUCUGUAUGCAUUGAAAAGCUGGAUAUCGGUAUAUGGGUUUAGGAUUUGAAGCUUUGGGUGUACACACGGAGAUUCCAAUCAUAGUAUGAAUGGGGUUUGAGGAGUUUGUUAUAUACGGGUUUUAUUGGGUUUCAUUUCUUGGGGUUUGGGAAAGGCAUGGGUGGGAUUACUUUCUGUGUGCAUGGAAUGGGCGAGAUAUUUAGGAUGGAUUUGAAGGGGAUCUUGGGGAUCUCUCGUAAUGGUUAAUGAAUCUCUUAUAUCUAUUAUGAGGAUUGGAGGUUCAAAAUUGGUAGCAUGGGGUUUGUUUGGGAAGGAAAUUGUGGAUAAGAUUUGGAGAGACAGAAGAAGAGGGCAGUACAAAGGGACGAGGGUUACUAUAUAGUCUAUAAUAUUUAGAUUUUAAUCACUUAAUCCCAUGGUAGAUAGAUCAGAUUAGUUGGGUAGUUAGUCGUCGGAAAUCGAAAAGGGUUGUAAAAGGGCAAAAUGGGAGAGAGUUCGAACAUAUAACGAUGGUAUAUAUAGUUCUGAAUACUACGUUAUAUCAAAUACUAUGAGUCGAGAUUUGAAUUAUUUAUAUGAAGCUUUGAGAUUCAGUAUGCUGAUUUCUCAAUUGCCGAAAUAUCUACCUAAGUUUGAUGGGAGUGGCGCGGCA